AUGGACGUGGACUACGACGGGCAGACGGCGUUCGAUGCGGCCGCUAAUGGCGAUUUCCCGCUUGUUGUCCUUCUAUGGGGUAUGGCAAUGGCUGUGCAGCCCAAGCCCGUUGAUCUGCUGGCAGCUAAAGACCAAAGCGGGAACACACUGGUACAUUACGCGGCUGCGAGCGGUGAAGACACGUGCGACACUAUGCACUUCCUGAUGCAGCAAAUGCACGCCUCCGGACGCGAACAGCUGCUCAUGGACGCCAAGAACGACGCAGGAGAGACGCCGCUCAUGAGAGCAUCUCAUGCCGGCAAUAUGCGGCUAGCAGACACACUACUACGCUCGGGAUACGUCGAUUUAUUGGCUCACGACGUACGGGGCAACACGGCAGCUCAUCACGCUGCUGCUCAGGGUCAUCUGUGGAUGCUGCACUUCUUACUGGAGGCUCAACAGAGACGCAAUGCUGCAAUGGCGAAAGAAGGGGACCCAGUGGAGUCUACGACACUCGGCGGCUACUCGCUACAACACCGGAGUGUCCUACACUACGCCUGUAUGAGCGAGUACAAGCCUAUGGUGCAGUAUCUCUUGACCGGAGGCUUUGACGCAAACGAAGCAGACGCACUGGGCAACACGUGUAUGGACCUGGCUAAGCGACGCAACUUGUUGUGGCUAGAAGACUUACUAUCAGGUAAAGCCAAGGCGGCUGAUCCACCGACACACAUGCGCAAGACGCGAGGGACUGUAGCAGUGCUGCAUGGCUCGCUGUUGCUGGCGAUUCUGGCCACAAGCUACUGGCUCGUGUGGUGGCUGGCUGUGCCGUUAAUCUUCGUUAUACUGGGCAAGUCGCUUGCUGCCUUUCGUCAACCAGGUCACGGUCACGGCCAUUCCCACGGAGCACCAAAGAAUCUGGCCAACUUGCACCCAUCCAAGCGCAACGUGAAGGUGGCCACGAAUGUCUCGCUUGAGCACAUUGAAGAAGGUCCGACGAAAGAAAUGUCUGCAAAGAGCAAGAAGGUCAAGGACGAGACGAGUGUGGGGCUCCACACGCUAAUACGUCCGCAGCCAGAGACCGCCAUGGGCAUCUGGAUGGCGUGGGUGGGUCUUUUCACCUUGUUGUACAUUGUAUUGUGGGUGGAUUCAGACUACCAAGACUUCAGAGACAGCCACACGGUGUUUUUGGGUAUUACCGGUGGAGCUGAAGUUGUGUUUCUAGUGGUGUGGGUACGACUGGCUUUCUUCUGCCCGACCGACCCGGGGACGAUCCAAACGUACGAACAAGACGUCAAGACGAUGCUGGAGAAGGUGUCACGAUGCGAGACUCCCGACAUGACCAAGUUCUGCCGCACGUGUCUUGUUAUCAAGCCCAUUCGCUCCAAGCACUGCGCUCAAUGCGGCAUCUGUAUCGCCCGACAUGACCACCACUGCGCGUGGAUCAACCGGUGUGUGGGCUACGGCAACCAUCGCUCUUUCUUUGCCUUUUUACUGCUGCAUUGCCUCGUGUUGGGGAUCUACGCAGCUCUCGCCAUUCUCGUACUGUCCGACGCUACACGCGACCUCCACACUAAACGAGUGAAGUCUGACGGUAGUGGCAACAGCGACAGUUUGUCGGCAAUGGACGUCUGGAUAGAGAUCCCGUCACUAGUAAAGAAGCACCUCGUGGUGAUCAUGGUGCUCGUGUGGGACUUGAUGGCCUUUGUGGCACUCGCUAUGAUGGUGAACCAGCACGUGAACAACAUCGAGCAGAACCUCACGAUCAACGAGCAGAUGAACUGGCGACGAUACGCUUACAUGACUCAGAAACCUGCGUCUGAAUCGAAGGACGGGAAGAAUGGCAAGAAGACUGAAGUCGGAGCGAUGUUUAAUCCAUUUGAUCGCGGAUUUAAGACGAAUGUGGUGGAGUUUUUCUCCCGAUCAGGUAGCUCAGCAGUCGACUAUCGCAAGGUGUUUACUGUGCCAUCUUCACGGGUCGGUGUCAGUAAAUCUGCAACGAGUACGACGGUGGAGAUGUCGACAACAUCUGAAGACAUCGAAGAGAAAGACAAUGCAGGCGAUGUCGUGUAGAGAGAUGGGGCGCUGUAGUGGAAAUAUAAGCACGUCAGUUUUA